GCCGAUUCAUACUUUACAUCAUAAGAAUCGCAUUCUGUUGUCAAUUGUGAAUUAGCUGUUGCUAGCUAGCUAACGUCAGAUGUUAGCCUCCUCGGUAGCCCAGAUAGCUGACUGUAGGCACACCGAGAGGGCUGAUCCUAUCGGUCCCUGCAUGGUUAUAUAUCUAUAUCUACACAUACAUGUGUAAAUAGAUAGAUAUAUUAUGAUUCUGACGGACACGUCAUCCCCAUCCUGGUUUAUGCCUGUGUUAAUAGGCUUUGACCUAAAUAUCGUUCUGGGUUCGUUGUGAGUGGAAGUUCAUAACGUUACUUAUAAUUAGCUAACUCCCGUAACUUGGCUCCCUGCCUCCACCACACCUUAUCCCGGUUCGGGGACAACACACUGCACCUGACCCGCACCCUGACACUGAGGUGUCAGGGCUGGAGGACGAUGUCCUGGUCAACAUGUCCCUGACCGAAGCUAAUGUUGGUUAAACCCCCUGUGCGAAAUUGUAGCUGUUGAUGUGUAUAUUAUUCAGUAUAGAGGGGCUCAACCUCACCUGUAUUGAGACUAUGUCUACCGUGAACAGCGUGUGUGUGUGUGUGUGUGUGUGUGUGUGUGUGUGUGUGUGUGUGUGUGUGUGUGUGUGUGUGGGGGCGGGUCUAAAGUUGCAUUGCUUACUGUCUGUAGAGAAUGGCGCUAGGACUCAUUGGUAACUAAUUUAACGAUCCCAGUUGGGUUCUGUGAUUUCUGGAACCCAAAUGUCGUCCUGGGAAGAGACAGACAGGCUGAGACAGAGCUCUCCGUGACCGAAUUGCACUGGAGGACAAUAAACCCAAAGACAUCAAGAGGAGAGCGCCACCCUUGCAUUGCUCUUGCGUAACAGAUUACAGCAGAGCUUGACAGCCAGACGGUUGCCAUGUCGACUUCAUCGCUACGGCGACAAGUAAAGAACAUUGUCCACAACUACUCAGAGGCUGAAAUCAAGGUUAGAGAGGCCACCUCCAACGACCCAUGGGGCCCCAGCAGUUCCCUCAUGUCGGAGAUUGCCGACCUCACCUAUAACGUGGUGGCUUUCUCUGAGAUCAUGAGCAUGGUGUGGAAGAGGCUCAACGACCACGGGAAGAACUGGAGACACGUAUACAAGGCCAUGACUCUCAUGGAGUAUCUGAUCAAGACAGGUUCGGAGCGGGUGGCCCAGCAGUGCCGGGAGAACAUCUACGCAGUUCAGACUCUUAAAGACUUCCAGUUCAUAGACCGAGAUGGCAAAGACCAGGGGGUGAAUGUACGAGAAAAGGCCAAGCAGCUGGUGACGCUGCUGAAGGACGAGGAGCGGCUUCGAGAGGAGAGAAUCCAUGCCCUCAAAACCAAAGAGAAGAUGGCACAGACCUCCAGUGCCUCCUCUGCUCCCUCAGCGCCAGGCCUGGGGGGCAGUCUCUCGUUGGGCUCCCACUCUGGGGGGGCCGACCCUGAGCAAGCCUGGCCGCAGAGCUCAGGGGAGGAGGACCUGCAGCUCCAGCUGGCAUUGGCCAUGAGUAAAGAAGAGGCGGAGCAGUUCGGAUUCCAGCACGUGUGUGUACGCGGAGAGAGCGAUGACGGAUUAUUUACGCCGUUGCCCACUCGGCUUUGCUCUCACCAUUUGACCCCUGACCUCCCCCAGACUAGCACGGCCCCUCUGGAGGACGCAGAGCUCCGCUAUGCACUCACACUCAGCAAGGACAUGCUACAAAAGGAGGAACGACUGCGCAGAGGUGACGACCUGAGACUGCAGAUGGCCAUCGAGGAGAGCAAGAGGGAGAAGCCAAAGCCAGAGGAGGGCGCUCUCAUGGAGCUGGGUGCUGUCGACCCCUGGGGAGCCGCCGCGGCCGCCGGGGCCUCUGCCGCCGCGGCCCCCGUGGGCUCCGCUGGCCCCUCCCCUCCACACACUGUCCCUCUCCCCUCGGCCUCCGGGCCGUGGGGCGCGGCGCCCGCCGACCCCUGGGGCGCGGCCUCCCCCGCCUCUCCCCAGAGUGCAGACCCCUGGGGCGGGGCCAGCCCCCCCACGGUAGCCCCUCCUCCUCCGGACCCGUGGGGCGAGACCACCAACCACAGGGCCAACAACGUGGAUCCCUGGGGACCCACCGCAGCAGUGACCCCCCCAAGUGCCGAUCCCUGGGGCUCCCCAGUGGCCCCCAGCAAUUCUUCAUCAGGGGGGCCGAUAGACCCCUGGGCGGGGAACGGGGCCCUCCCGGCCUCUGACCUUAACAAUUCUGACCUGUGGAGUGGCACCGCCAAACACCCUAACGGCACAGGCGACCCCGAGAGACGGGGCUCCUCGGCCACGGGGGGCGACAGCAUGGGCUCGCCGGUGCCCUUCGACCUGUCCUCCCUCGGGACCACGCUGCCGGUCCGCAAGACCCCCGAGUCGUUCCUGGGUCCCAACGCGUCGCUGGUGGACCUCGACGCACUGGUGUCAUCUAAACCCAGGGCCAAGCAGCCUCCGCCCCCCUCCAUCUCCUCCUCUUCAGCGCACAACCCUUUCCUCCAGAGUACAGGCUCGUCUCCCGCCCCCGGCAUGGCAGUGACCCCCGGCAGCACCAUCUCAAGCAGGGGCGUGUCGCCAGCACCUCCCUCCUGCUCCAACCCGUUCGGCGCCUCCAUCUCACCACAGCCGUCGUCGCUGGGCCUGAGCGGCCUCCGCUCGAGCCCCGUGCCCCCCAACCCCAUGCUAGGGAUGGGGGGCAUGGGGUCAAUGGGCUCCAUGGGCUCCAUGGGUUCUAUCGGCGUAGGCAUGGGGUCUCCGGGAAUGGGCCUGGGCAUGAUGCAGCCCAACCCCAUGGGCAUGCCCUACGGCGCUCUCUCGCCCAUGGGGGCCACAGGCCCCUCCCUUUUCCUGGGUUCUGGAGGAGGGGUGCCUCCUCAACUGAUUUUGGGGGGUCCCGGCGGAGCAGGGGGAAUGAUGGGGGCGGGGGGACCGAUGGGAGGAGGGGGAGGCACGACGGGAGCCAGCACCAACCCUUUUCUUCUUUGAGAAAGUUUCACCACAGCUCCCCCUCAUCAGUUUUCACCUCCCCCCGCCGUCUCCCUCUCUCUCCCCAUCACCUCUCCCCCCAACACACACGCGCACACGCACACACACACACACACACACACACACAC